UCAGCAAGACUAUGCCGUCGCGCGCGCACCAUUAACCCGCGUCCGAAUAACAUGUGCGUAUAAGCCUCACUAUGUCUCGUUUAGUGAUCGUACUAGUUCUGAGUGCAGCCUGCGUUUUCUGUAACGAAGCAAACGACAAAGGAAGUGCCCGCGAAGAGAAACUACGGAGCGCUCUGAUAGACGCUUUCCAGAAUAUCAAGAAAGCGUCUGUUGGCCUGGAGGACGACCUCAUCGGCUCCGUCAACCCCAAUUCGAGUCGAAACGAAAAAGUCAAAGAGGAUUCAUUCGAUCUGUUCGCCGAUGAAGACGGAUUGAGCUUUAGCGAAGGAUUUGAGAAGGAAAGUCGAACGACAUCGAGCACGGAGAAGUCGCACAAUGUGCAGCAUAUUAAAACAAUUAAAGUGGAGAAAACGACGCUAAUUCCGAAAGAUAAAAGUGAGCCGAUUAGGCCCAAGAAUGAGACCAGAAUACCAAUGAAGUUGGAGAUUUCGAACGACACGGAUCUUGUAGGAUUGGAGAGUAUGCUCCGGAUCAUAGACGGGGAGAUACUUGUGGCCCAGUGGGGCUCCCUGCGGGACACCGUGCGGGGGCAGUGCCGGGACGAUCUGCAGGAGUAUGUCGAAGGAUUAAAGGACAGGACCCUUUGGGCGUUGAAAAUGGAGGACGCGAGUGGGAGAUAUACCUCUAUGUUUUACUGGGGUAACAACUACUGGACCGGCUCCGCUGAACUCUGCCAGAUCCUCAACGAGCAGCAUGCCCCACGGUCAAAUAGCAACCGCAGCAGCGGCUCACAAAUAUUCAACGACUGGCGCCAGGAUGUAUCGAUGUCCGGUCUGGGCCCGCCUUUUGACACCGCCUUCUACAAUGUGCGGAUGGCUGUUACUACCGAUCUGCACGAUAUUAUUAAAACUCGUCGCACAAUCCACCUCGGCCUCUGCCUCCCGCGCGCCUGCACGCGUGAGCAAAUAGCCGACCUGGUGGGUGGAGUACAUGCACCACUCCUGCAUCACACCGUGGUGGCUGUCCGGUCGCCAGAACAUGGUGGCUACUCAUACAUCAAUGACCCCACCUUCCAGAUCUUACUUGGAGUAUCCUGCCUAGUCACCAUACUACUCAUCACAGCUACAAUCUACGACGUAAUGAUUGCUCGGGAGGUCCGCGCGCGCCGCCGCCGCGUCAACAACAUGGCCGCCGUCGAGAACGGUAACACGCUGACCGGACUUGACGCUAUUACUGUCGCUAAAGGCAAAUCAAUGUACAACGUGAACAACAACAUCGCAAUCAACAGCAACAACUCUGAAGAGCGACUCACUGCAGAAACCGCGUCCACUGAUGAAGAAAUCAAACUCAAUGUGAUUCCCUCCCCAGGCGUCUGGUCGGAGCUGCUUCUCUCCUUCUCCAUGAAAGCGAAUGUCCUGCAGAUCUUCGACCAAUCGGUCGGGUCUGACACUGUUCCUGUUGUGCACGGUCUGAGAUCGUUGUCUAUGGUCUGGGUCAUUUUUGGACACACCUGCAUCGUUGUUUUUAAGUAUGCUGACAACACUGCACUUCGAGCUAUCCUGGAGAAGAGCUUCUGGUUCCAGCUGAUCAUCAGCGCGGUCUACAGCGUCGAUACUUUCUUCUGUCUUGGUGGCAUGCUGGUCACGUUCCUGUACUUCCGAACUAACGCAAAAGGCAAACUGGACCGACUCACGAAGGGACGACGGAAGCUCACCGCAGGGCUCCUGCAGUUCUUCGGUCUCCUGGGAUAUAGAUUCGCUAGACUGACCGCACCGUACCUGUUCAUGCUGGGCGUGGUGGAGGUGACGAUGAAGUGGUUCGCGCACAACGCGGUGUUCGAGCCGCCCGCGCUCGACCACGAGACGUGCCCGCGCUACUGGUGGCGCAACCUGCUCUACAUCAACACGCUCUUCCCCGUCGAUCAAAUGUGCAUGUUAUGGAGUUGGUACCUCUCAGACGACACCCAAUUCUACGCAGUUAGUGCGAUCUUACUUAUCCUAGCAACCAGCCACUUCAAACUCUCAGUGAUCCUCACCGGCGUUUUCUUCGUGUCAUCUCUAUUCACAACUGGCUAUGUAUCAUGGAGCAGUGAACACAUUCCCAACAGUGAAGACCCGUUCACGCAAUUUGACAAGAUUUACGACAAGCCCUGGACCCGGCUGGGACCCUAUCUCGUUGGCAUGGCAACUGGCUGGAUCUUGUUCAAGACUAACUUGAAGAUUAGGAUGGGCAGGAUAUGGGCGACAGUGGGCUGGGUGGCAUGUACCAGCACGUUACUGCUGCUAAUCUUCGGCCUGUACCGCACGGAGCUGAGCGCGGCGAGCGCGGCCGCGUACAGCGCGCUGUCGCACUCGCUGUGGGCGGCCUGCAUCGGGUGGAUCAUUAUAGCUUGCUCUACGGGUUAUGGAGGCUGGGUACGAACGCUCCUCUCCGCGCCCGUGCUGUACCCGUUCUCCCGCGUGACGUACUGCGCGUACCUCGUGCACCCCGUCGUGCUGCGCUACGUCGCCAUGCACCUCACGCACCCCAUACACUUGGGCGAGAUGCUCGUGUUCGUACUAUUCCUGGGACUGACUGUGAUAUCCUACUUCCUUGCGUUCAUCAUCUCAGUGGCUUUCGAAGCGCCGAUCGUCACCAUGCUAAAAAUUGUAUCGCCGUCGAAGAAACCCCACAGAGUGUAGUCGCAAAUACUUUAAAAUACAUUGCUUUGUAUGUUAGAAAAUCAUGUUCUAAAGUAGAUUUGUACCUUACAUAUGAAGCAAUGUAUUGUUUAACCCAAAAUUGUCGACUAAAGUCGAAAAGUCUUAAUUUUUAAUCGUGUGAGUAGAAUAAGUUAUGUUAAGAGAGAAUUGACUCGUGUAUGUGAAAGAUGUGUGACGUUUUUUUAUUUAUAUUGUUAUUACAAAACUUUAAAAUGUUUAAAGUUAGCCCAAGUGCACGCUUGUCGCUCGUUCAAUGCACUGAAAUGAGUCUCUAAAAAUAUUUUUUUGUAAAAUAAUACCUAUGCAGUUCAGAAAUUUUGUCACUUUCAAACUGCACACUUUCUGCCCAUUUUACAUCUUGAGAAUGAAAGAAAUUUACAUAUUUUGUAAAUUUAAUAAAUUACUUCAUAUUUUGAUUGAUUUAAAAAAAGGGGGACCCCAAAUUUCAUUUUUGUCACUUGCCUACUUGACUUGACUUUUCUUGUUGUGAGCAAAAUAUUAGUAAUGUAAUACUCGAUAGAGUCGUCCCAUGUGUUAUAAAAAUAUAACUUAGCUUGUAAAUAUAUUUACAAAUAUUAUAAUUGUACAAUAUAAACCUGUAUAGUUUCUUAAGUUUCAAGAAAUCAGAAUCUAGUUGACAAUGUGUUGGAUUUUUAAAUCUAUGGAAAAAUGUGUAAUCGAACGACAAAACAAAUCGAUAAAUAGUAAUUAAUGAAACAUUCCUAUGACAUGAAUAUACAUUUAAACUUAUAACAAGUAAUUUUUAAUAAAAUUAUUUGGUAAUCAAUUUAAAUAAAAAUUAUUUCAUAAUUCCAAAGAUAAACGGACAUAAGAUUAUUCGAAAUUAUCUGAAUUAUUUGAUAAAAAGCUGAGCUUUCUUUCAAAAAGGAAUAUGUUUUGCUCAAAUUACUGUUUUUUUUUUUAAUUAUUAUAUAAGUACAUACUUGUGUUCACUGUUUAUUGAUUGACAAUUAUUAUUAUUCUAGUAAUAAGUUCCAAAAAUGUAAAUAGGUUACCGCUAUAUGUAAAUAUGCUGUAAAUAUUAUCUAGUGUAAGGUUUGUACGAUUUGUAAUAAAACACAAUUUUA